UGGGCCAUUUUAGACUGACUCACCGUAAUUUGCGCUAGAAAGUGAAAUCUAACGCCGUAAAAGAUUAGUCUAAAUCCUCCCAAGUUUGAAAGCCAACACUAUGACCUCUCCAAUUAACUUUCAAAGAGCUGCCAAACAUAGCCACACCCAUUACAGAGAACAAAUCCUUACCUCAUUUUAAAAUUAAUUAAAUUUAAAAAUGAUUAAACUAACAUAAAAUGAAGAGGAAAUUAUAUAUAUCUUCUAAGAGAGAUUUCUCUUGUCACGUUUGCUUACUGUAAAAUCACAUCAAAAUCACACUGCUGUGACCUGGUAGUGCUACUCACUAAAACUGACCUUCACUUCACCAAAUACAACCUUCUCUCUAUUUUUUUCUACCAAAAUUUCAAAAAACAAACAAAAACCAGCUUUAAUUUAAACCUCUGCGGGCAAGCCAAGGGAAAAAUUAGUGUUCAAAAACCUGUCCGCCAUUACGCGAUAGACCAGAAUGGAGAGUAUCGAUUUCCUUUAAGUCACAUACUGAGACGCAUUGGCGAUUAGAACUACUUUAUUAAGUGUUUCAGAGGGAAUGUCGAUGCAUGCGUCUAGUGUUAAGUCAAAGAACAUACAACAGUAUUGACAUUUGUUAGAGCUUUUCAAAGAAAAAGGACGUCAUUCUAAAAUAACUGUUAACGUAUAAAAUGAGUUUCUUGUCGUGUAUUGGAAAAAGAUCAAAGAAGAAGAAGCUCGGUAAAAAUGAGCCUAUUGACAGACGAAAUUCUGUAAAAAGUGAUAUUCUAAAAGAGGAUACAUACGACCUGAAAGAAAUUAAGGAUGAAACUGUAUCAAAUAAAUGGAAUGCGUCCAAUAAAUCGGGCACCUUACAGACUUCAACGUUAUCUGCGUGGAAGAAAAUGCCGACACCUGAGUUGGAAGGUUUACAGGCGAAGAAAAUGCCGACACCGGAGUUGGAAGGUUUACAGGCGAAAACUGAAACACUUCAGGCGGAGCUAGACGCAAUGGUCAUUGAAAAUAAGAUGUACAGGACUCAGAUAUAUCAGCAUGAAACUGCCAUUACCUCAUACCAGGAAGAGAUCCGAAGAUUGGAGACUGUCAACCUUGAGCUUAAAACUCGUGGUACAGUAGCGGACACUGAAGCGGCAAAGCUUAACAUUGAAAAUCAGAAAUUGCUGCAGAAAAUUGUUGGAAUGGAGGAGAACCAAGCAAUGAUGAGCAGGGCAGAGCUGCACAGCAUGAUUGCCCAACUCGAGGAAGCAGAGCUAAAAUCCAGUUGUAAACCGGCCACGGAACUGUCCGGUAUAAGGACGAACCCGGCUGAUAUGUCAAGAAAGAAAACUGCUUUGACACAGGAAGAUAGACAACUCUCGUGGAGGUUGUCUAAGACAGAAGCAAGGUUGAGUCAAAGUGAGGACGAGAACAAGAAAUUAAGAGAAGACUUAAAAGAGAUGUUAGACUCUACUACAAAACUCCAACAGAUCAUUGUGUCAGAUGAUAGCCAUGCAUGUCCCGUCAAAAAGACUCUUAAUGCUUUCACAAUGUGCAAAGACGCCCCAACCAACAGACGCGUAUCGGUCUCCACGGAAACAGAAACGGAGGAUUCUGACACUGAUAUAGCACCUACAUCAUUAAACGCUAGACUGAAAAACGCUGAAAAAGACCAAGCAAGAUUACAGAAAGAAUAUGACUGUCUUGAAAAAUCUUUUAAAAUGUUAUUAGUUCGUCUCCAACAGUGCGAAGAGGAAACUAUUGUAAAUAAACAAAAUAACGAGAUAAGUAAAACAUUUCCAAUGGAAUUUGAAUCAGAUUUGGUGCUGAUAAAUUUAAAAGAAUUGGAGAAAGAACAAAAUGAUCUUAAGGCGAGCAUGAUGGUGCUAGAUGCUGUUUGUGUAAAACUAAAUGAAAGAAUUGAUGUAUUAUACAUAGAGAAUGUAGAUAUAAAAACACUAAACGAUACUCUUACGAAACAGAACAGGGAAGCAGCGAAUGAGACGGAAAAACGGGUAAAAGAAAUAGAGGCACUGAGAAACGAACUGAAUCAGAGUAAAGUCGAGAAUAAAAGACUGUCUGAAGAAUUUAAGAAAUACUCACAACAGCUUCAAAAGAGAAAAGAUACGGGAAGCAAAAAAGAUCUAACCAAUAUUGAACAAGAUUUAUCUGACAUGAAAAAGAAAUAUGAGGAAGCAAAUAGAAGAUUAAAAGAACUCACAACACCAAAACAGACAAAAAGUCUGGAUCUGAAUCUAACCACACCUUCUUCACUGGCAGAAAGGUUUAGACAUGAACUGUAUGAACACCAUUGGAAGCAAGCUUUCGAUAAAAUGACCAAGAAAAUGAAGAAGGAUGAAAAGAAAGCCAUACAUAUCUUGGGAGAAAUAUGCACGGAGGCUUACCUGUUUUGUAAACGAGCAGCGCGUACGCAGAUGGACACAGUGACAUCGUCACUAGUUUCACCAACAGCUAACCAUUACAGAAGUAACCAGCUAAAUAAAAGACAUACAGCCGCCAAAUCACUUCAAGACAAUCUACCAGAGGACUUGAGGAGACGCUUGCUUCAUUACAGAUGUAGACCCUCUCAAGAUAUGCUCAACAUUGGUGUCUCUGACUUUCUAAAUCAGAUUGACUACGAUAGGACACGAUUCUUACGCAACGUCAGUGAACGAGAUCUUAACGAGGUUAUGACGUAUAUUGGCACGUGCUUUGAAUUAGCAUGGUGCAUGGCAGUUCAAGAUCCACCAAUGUAUCUGUUGUUUAAAGUGAAACAUGGAUUUGAAAUAGACAGUGAAAAGUUUGACAGAUAUUACUCACGUGGGAAGCGCGUGGACUACGUGAUCUGGCCGGCCGUGCUUGCAGAAGAGGGGGGCGCUUGUUUGCAAAAAGGAGUAAUGCAUGCGUUACCAGAGCGGGCUUGAAAGACAGAAAUCUAAUCACACCCUAAAAUAACAUGAAACUGAUGCAAGACACAUUUUUGAGAAUAGAACUAAAGUAGAUGUUCUGAGAGUCGGAGACAAAAUUUGAUAUUGAUAGGAUAAGGAUAAGAAAGCCUAGCAUAUUAUCUAAGUUGAGAAAAACAAUGCAUACGGUAAUAGUAACAAUGUUAUGUGUAUUAUAUUUUCUAUCGUAAGUUGAGUGAGAUAUCCAUUCGCCAUUUACUACAGAAACAUUAAUUCGGAAACGUUAUGAGUUUGUGGCGCUAGAUAUCUGGAUGAUUAUCUGCUUGAAUUUGUUCAGUUGCCAUCCUUUCUAAGAUUUGCUAAGCAUUGUGCCUAAUGUAAACUAAACGUUUGCGUAAAUCAGAGAUACAACGUGAUUUUCAGAUGUUUUAUGUAAAAUCGUUCAUUGGUUUAACAGAAAACUUAUAAUCCGUGUAAUGUAUUCGGUGGGUUAAAUUAUUGUCACAUGUUUGACGUCAACGCAAGUUUUGCUAUUAGAAUCUUAAGUGGAAAGGGUAUGACAAAAUUUAUUUACAAAAAAGUACAAGGCUUCAGUACAUGAAAUGGAUAUGACACACGGUCGAAAAACUGGGAUUAACGAUCGAUAAACCAGGCUUUUCGAACGUAAAACCAGGUUUUUCGAAUACAAACCUAUAUUUUCGAGCGAAAACAUAGGAUAACGCCGUAAACCAUAGUUCACGCUCUUAAACAUAGGUUCAUGCUUGUAAACGCUAGUUCACAGUGGUAAACAUAGGUUCACGCUCGUAAACCGGGGUUCACGAGUGUAAACAUAGGAUAACGAUCGUAAACAUAGGAUAACGACAAAAUUCGUAGUUCACUGGCGAAACCUAGUUUAUCAAACGUAAACCAUGGUUUACGGUCAAUAUAUUAGGAUUAUAAAAUCAACUAUGAAUUGCGGGCCUGAACUUGGGUUUACGGCCGUGGACCUAUGUUUACGAGCGUGAACCUACAUUUACGAACGCGAACCCAUGUUUACGACCGUGAGCCUAGGUUUAUGACCGUAAACCAUAGUUUACGGACGUGACAUGUAUGGCAAUUGUCCAAUAAUUACGUGAACCCAGGUUCACGGUCGAAAAACUAUGAUUAAUGAUCGAUAAACUAGGUUUUUCGAACGUAAAAACAUGUUUACCUAUUCUUUCGAGCGAAAACAUUUGAUAACGUCUAAACCAUAGUUCACGCUCAUAAACAUAGGUUUACGUAACUUCGUAAACCCAAGUUUACGGUCGUAAACAUAGGUUCACGUUCGUAAACUAUGGUUCACGCCCGUGAACUCCGGUUCACGCUCGGACACAUAAGAUAACGACCGAAAUUCAUAGUUCAAUCGAGAAACCUAGUUUGUAAAACGUAAACCAUGGUUUACGAAUGAUAUACUAUGAUUAUCAAAUCAACUAUCAAUUUCGAAACUUGGGUAUACGAGCGUGAACCUAGGUUUACGUUCGAUAAACUAGGUUUCUCGAACAAAACUAUAAUUUUCGGUCGUAAACAUAGGUUUACGUUCGUAAACUAUGGUUCACGCUCGUGAACCCAGGUUCAUGCCCGUAAACUUAGGAUAACGACCGAGAAUUCAUAGUUCAAUCGAGAAACCUAGUUAAUUGAACGUAAACAUUGGUUCAAUAGUGUAAACUACGGUUUACACCCGUUAUUCUAUGUUUUCGCUCGAAAAUAUAGGUAAGUAUUCGAUAAUCCUAGUUUUUUUUUUUAACCAAGAACGUAAUUCUUGGAUAAUUGGCUUGCCAUGAACCACGGUUGACGGACAUGAACCUAUGUUGUUUACGAGCGUGAACCUAUGUUUACGACCGUGAACUUUGGUUUACAAGCGAACAAAACUAUGAUUUUCGGUCAUUAUCCUAUGUUCACGAGCGCGAACCUAUGUUUCCGGUCGUAAACCCAUGUUCACGGUCGUAAACCCAAGUUCACGGUCGUUAACAUAGGUUCACGUUCGUAAACUAUGGUUUAUACUCUUGAACCCAGGUUUACGCCCAUAAACAUAGAUUCACGCUCAUAGUUCAAUUGAGAAACCCUAUAGUUUGUCGAACGUAAACCUGGGUUCACAUAGUUUACGCUCGCUCGAAAAUAUAGGUUAGUAUUCGAAAAACUUGGUUUUACGUUCGAAAAACCUAGUUUAUCGAUUGUUAUAGUUUUUCGACCGUGAAACUGAGUUCAUGUAGUUAUUGGACAAUUGGCAUACCAUAAAUGGAUACUGUUUCAACUCUUGAUUAGCAGAUAAAGAAAAUGCUCAACUUAAAAAGAUAUAAAAAAAGCUCAAAGAAGAAAGUUAUUGUUGAUUUACAUAUAACUCAUUGUGAACAUCCAAAAUCAACAAUGAAUAUAUUGUUUUAAAUUAUAGUAUGCAUUUUAACUCGGCAAAACAUUUAUCAAUAUCCUAUGAAAUUUAAGUUGAAUAAGUUCACUUUCUUUUUUUUCUUUUGAAUACUGUAAGCUAAAACUCAGUAUUCAGAUUGUUUACAAAGUAGUGACAUGAAAAGAUAUGGUGGUCAAGAAAAUAAUCUACAAACAACCCAUUUUAAGAUGAAUUUCAAGUAAUCUACAUUAUGUAUUACACCUACCAGACCAGUGUAUCAUCUUAUAUACAUGUGCUAAGGCAUGUGUUGCCUCUGAAAUGCUCUUUACAUUUUAUCAGUAUGAAAUAAAUGGCAACUGUCCUAUGUUGAGAUGACGGGACGAUUAUUCUAAACGUGUUUAAACAGUUUUUGUUAUACUGGUAUUGUAAAGAACACAUUUUUCUUCUGUUUUGCGUUGGUAUAUGCUAAGUUAUACAUACAGCCAUUUGUUUUCUUAUUACUUAAAUGGUAGCACAUUCUUGUUCACUAAUUACUUAUUAUAACAGGUGUAAAUGAUUAUUAAUUUAGGAAUGAAUAUUUCAUCAACCCAUCAAUAAAUUCUUAAAAAUCUAUCCCUUCUACUUAAGCAUUAAUUGUGAAAGGCGGUACGAGAGAUGUUCACCUUAUAAUUGAACAUUUUGAAAUCUAACUUUCUGUUAAACAUACACGGAUUGUUGCGAAAAUUGUGCAUUGUACUAUUUUCACCAUAACGAUAUCUUCAAGAUAAAACUUAGUUUUACUUGCGAAAAUAUGUGACAAAUUACAGAGUUCGGUUGCUGAUUACAGUGCAUUAAAUAAACAAACGUGUUUGUAAACAUGGACGGAUCCAAACGGAAGGGGAAGAAGCAUUUUAUAGAAAUAUUCCGACGGCAAAAUACAAUACAUAUCGUAGCCCUGACCAACCUAUAAACCGGGCCAGUCUAUUUUUUCAGUACAAAAACACGGUUGACCCAUUUAAACGAGUUUUACCAAAUCUUUGUCAUAGUGCAAUGGAAAUGGUAUUGGUGAAAUUCAGGAAACGUUCCAGAAAGUACCUUCUACUGCGACAACUACUGUUCAAUGGAUCGUAUGGUCCUGAAAGUCAGUUUAAAAUUAGGCAACAGCGGAAAAUGUAUGGUUCAACAGCGCAACGCUGAACAAAUCUGGAAACAAAGCACAAGUUCCUUGAGGCUGUAUAAGAAAAUGUGAAAACUGCGGUUUUUUUUCUGAUGAGGCUAUAUUCAGUUUAGGUGGAACAUAUCCGCAUAAGCGGCUGUGUUAUACUAGACCUGACGAUGAUCGUGAGAAACGGAACAUCGUUACGUUUGCUUCUUUUUCCUGCAUCUUCAUUUACUCUUCUGUUCAUGAAAAACUUGAAUGUCAUAUUAAGGUAGAUCUGCACCUUCCUUUAGUCUUCUAUUCAGUGAAUUACUUAAAUGUCAUAUUAAGGUAGCAUGCUCUUUUUCUCUUCUAUUCAGUGAGAUACUUAAAUGUCAUAUUAAGGUAGAUCUACACCUUCCUUUAGUCUUCGUUUCAGUGAGAUACUUAAAUGUCAUAUUAAGGUAGCAUGCUCUUUUUCUCUUCUAUUCAGUGAGAUACUAAAAUGUCAUAUUAAGGUAGAUCUGCACCUUCCUUUACUCUUCUAUUCAGUGAGAUACUUAAAUGUCAUAUGAAGGUAGCAUGCUCUUUUUCUCUUCUAUUCAGUGAGAUACUUAAAUGUCAUAUUAAGUUAGCAUGCUCUUUUUCUCUUCUAUUCAGUGAGAUACUUAAAUGUCAUAUUAAGGUAGAUCUGCACCUUCCUUUAGUCUUCUGUUCAGUGAGAUACUUUCAAAUUGUCUACAAUUUAUAAAUUUGACUGUUUAUGAGAAUGAUAUAUAUGUUAAGAUGUAUAUAGAAGGUGAAAUGUAACUAGUUUAUUGUAUUUUAUAUAAUUUAUUGAUCUCGUUAUUGUGAAACUGUUGGCGUGCAAUAUGUUUUGUGUAUUGGUUGCAUUAAUUCAUAUUUGUUCUCUUGGCUGAAAAGGGAUUUUGAGCCCGGCUAGUUUAUAAAUCAAUCUUUUCAAUCUUAACUGUACCUUUUCUACAUAAUGUCAUUAAACUUAACACUUAGAGGGAUAGGUGUAUCACCAUUUAUUAUUCAUAUGUUUGAAUUUACGUAUAUAUGAGGUUAAAACAAAAACAUGCAAAAUAUGUAUGAUUUCAAAUGUAGUCUUAUACCGUUGUUGUUGUAUUGUAAUGUAGUUAUUAAGUGAUUGUGUUUUACUUAUUAUAGUUGUAAGAGAAUAAACAAUAAUAACAAUGUA